AUGAAAACGACAGCAACCACCACCACAACUAGUGUCGUUCCCCCGUCAACGACAGAAGUAAUCGACGUCGAAUCAUUUCAUCUCCCUCCGACCACCACCAGAACCUCCACCCCCAUCGUCAUCGACCUUUCCGACGGUGAAGACGACGACGAAGUCAGGAUACUGAAUUUCGUUCCCAAGAUCAAUCCUUUGCGAAAACAACAAAGGUUCAACGUCGAAAAAGGUGAGUCUUCGUCUGCUAAUGCAAGUAAAAAUGUCGUGCCGUUUAUCUGCGAAAUCUGCACAGAAACAAAAACUGCGAACGAGGCUUUUUUUCAUCAGCAAUUUCUCACAUGCUUAUUGCUCUGA